AUGGCUGCCGUUCAGAAAGGAGAUUUUGUCAGUCCCUCGUCGUCGUGCUCGUGUGCUUCCUAUCUCCGUCGCCACUCCGCCUCCGACCCGCCGCUUUAUGCAGCCUCACUGACCCGGACCAUCUGCGUACCCCUUCACCAACAGAAUGUCGAUCUCUACACGCCUUUGGCGGAGUUCGAUCCCGAGGUCCAGAAGCUCGUCGAUCGCGAGGUGAGUAUCGCACGCUGGUCGUGGGGCCUUCCCCCAACUCCGCCGACCGUCGGCAUCCGGUCGCCGCACAGAGCUAACCGUUGCCAUGCAUUACAACAGACCUUCCGCCAAUUCCGUGGUCUCGAACUGAUCGCCAGUGAGAACUUGACCUCGCUCGCCGUCAUGGAGGCCAACGGCUCCAUGUUCACCAACAAGUUGAGCUUCCCUUUCCUCCUCCCCCGACCUUGCCUUUUGAGGUAUUCCAUGAACAACCGAAGCUUACCGGCGCGUCCUUUUCUCGACAGGUACUCGGAAGGUCUUCCCGGUGCUCGUUACUACGGCGGUACGAUUUACGCUCCGCUCUUGGAUAUACCUCGGGUCGAAAGCUGACUUUUCCCACUGGCCAUCUGUCACAGGUAACGAGGUCGUGGAUGAGCUCGAGAUCUUGUGCCAGAAGCGAGCCCUCACCGCGUUCCACCUCGACGAGAAGACUUGGGGUGUCAAUGUUCAGCCCUAGUCAGUUUUGGAGCAAACCAUUCGCCGCGCACAACAGAAACUGACACCCCUUGUCGAAAACCCUUUUGCAGCUCCGGUUCGACCGCCAACUUUGCCACUUUCACCGCUUUGAUCCAACCCCAGGACCGAAUCAUGGGUCUCGGUCUUGCCGAUGGUGGUCACCUGUAAGUUUGCGCUAUCGCCACGCUGAGCUCGAACCUGGUCGCGUACCGAGUGCCCUCGUUUGACCGACAUCCGCCCACAGUACCCACGGUGCUUUCACGCCCAAGCGCAACAUCUCGGCUUCGUCCAUCUACUUCCAAUCGAUGCCGUAUCGCGUCGACCCCGAGACCGGCUUGAUCGACUAUGACGAGCUCGAGAAGAAUGCGACCGAGUUCAAGCCCCGAAUCCUCAUCUGCGGUGCCUCGGCUUACCCGCGUGACUUUGACUUUGCUCGCUUGCGCAAGAUUGCCGACAUCAACGGCUCUUACCUCAUGUGAGUUGGCUUUGCACCGUUUCUCAGAUUCCGAACAUCACACUGACAUGGUUCGCUCGAACAGGAUGGACAUGGCCCACGUCUCUGGUCUUGUUGCCGCUCAGGUCCUUAACGACCCCUUCGAGUACUGCGACGUUGUCACCACCACCACGUCAGUUUCUUCUAAAUAUGAGCAAUAUUUGUUUGCAUCGUUUGCCUGACACUCGUGCUACUUGUUUAACAUCUCACAGCCACAAGACCCUCCGUGGUCCCCGCGCUGGUCUCAUCUUCUUCCGCAAGGACAAGGAGUCCGACAUGGAGAAGCGCAUCAACGACGCCGUCUUCCCCGCUUGCCAGGGUGGACCCCACAACAACGUGAGAUCAUCGAAUUGGAUGAGACAGACUGGAUUGCCCGAGCUGACGCAUUCGAUGCUCCCAGACCAUCGCCGGUAUCGCCGUCACGCUCAAGCAAGUCGCUUCGCCCGAGUUCCUCGCGUAUGCCAAGCAGAUCGUCGCCAACACCAAGGCGAUCGCCGCCAAGCUCCUCGAGCACGACUACAAGCUCCAGACCAACGGGUCGGACAACCACCUCGUCCUUUGGGACUUGCGCCCGAUCGGCUUGACCGGUUCCAAGAUUGAGAAGAUCUGCGACUUGGCGCACAUCACGCUCAACAAAAACUCGGUCCCCGGUGACAAGUCCGCAACCGUCCCCGGUGGUGUGCGAGUGGGUACGAACGCGCUUACGUCGAGGAGCAUGAAGGAACCCGAGAUGGAGGUCGUUGCCGAGUUCCUUCACCGUGCCGUUCAGAUCGCUGUGAGUACCAUCCCGAGGUCAUUUGUCUCGCGCGUACUUCGACUGACCCACUCCAAUCAUGGGCUUUGCACACAGCUCUCGGCCCAAAAGGAGUGCGGCUCCAAGCUGCUCAAGGACUUUGUCAAGACCGUUACCGAGGGUGAGGGCGAGUCGCGCAAGGCGCUGCAGCAGCUCGCGAAGGACGUCAACGAGUUCGCCGAGAAGUUCCCCCUCCCCGGUGUAGGUCCCUCUAUACUCCCUGUGAUCGAAGAUGUACUGCAUACUGAUUCGUGUGUGCUCUGCUCAGGUCCCUGACUCGUCGUCCAUCAAGCGCGUCGAGGCUUAA